CAUAAAGUAGAAAAAAGUACUGGACAGACCAGGACAAAUGGACUGGUCCACGGGUAUAAAAGGACGCCGGAGAGAAGCAUCAAUUCGUCUUUUUGAAACGAUCUUGAUCUUCUCCACAUCGAUCCACUCUCCACUUUCUCCUCCAAUAUGAAGGCUUUCAUCGUAGCAGCUCUUUUGGUGGUUUCCACUGUUGCCGGCCAAAGCAUGGACUUGAUGGACUUGGUCAAGGACAAAUCCUUGUACAAAUACAAGCCCCUUCACCGGUCCUUGUCCUCCGUGGAAGACCUUUUGCUGAAGGAGAAGCUGGGCCGUCACGUUGGGAUGGAAAACUACAACACCAAGGACUCCAUCUUCGAUAUGGAAGACAUGAGCUCCGUUUUCGGUGGACGCCGUGGGGUCUCCGUGCUCUCUCUGGAAGAGCUCGUGUCCCACCCACUCUUCCGAGAAUACCUCCAAAUCCCACUUUUCCGUCAAUUCUGGGAACAAUACCCAACCGUUUUCAGACGUUAUGUUGAGUCCCCACUCUUCCAACAGUUCUGGACCGUUCCCCAGUUCCAGAUGUACUUCAGGAACCCAAUCUUCUUCUACAAGUACAUCGUCCCACAAGUGAAACUCAUCUCUGAAUCCGUCGUUCCAUACACCCCAGAACAAGGAAUCUACGAUUAUGGAACCACCACCACCCAGCGAUUCAACCCAUACACUUACCAACCAAGGUACAACCGUGAAUGGUCCGUUCCCAUGUCCCAAAUGAUGGGACACUUUGACUCCAAAUACCCCACCAUGACCACCACCCACUACAAGUACCUCUUGGAAAAGAUGAUGAACAACUUGAACAUGAACAAGAUGGGACAACACGAUGUCACUGAAACCUUCACCGACGUCAAAAUGCUCCCAACUGGACAAGUUAAGGAACAAACUUUCGGAAAGAUUGUCGACCCCGUUACCGGACUUGAGAAGAUCACCGUUGGAGAUGUCAAGCUUGUUGAUGAAAAGAUUGUCCCCGUCCAAGGCAUGGACUUCUCCACCGUCGGAAUUGACAGCAUGACCAACAAAUACCAAAUGAACAAAAUUUUCGGCCACCACAACACCGAAAACAUUAAGGAUAUCCUCCUCAAGCACAUCAUCUUGAACAAAAUCUACGGCGACAAGAAAGUCAUCACCCCUGAGAUUUACCGAACCCUGUUCUCCGAGAACAAGGAACAAGUCUUCCCAGAAAUGUACGACAUGAUUGUCAAGCACAACAAGAACGUCAUGACCCCUGAACUCCUCGAGACCAUCUUCGGCCAGAACAAGCACGUCCUCACCCCAGAGGUUUACGAAACCCUGUUCGACACCAAGAAGACCUUCACCCCAGAAAUCUUCGACACCGUUUUCGGCGAGAACAAGAAAGUCCUCACCCCCGAACUUUACGAGAUCCUCACCAAGGGAAACAAGCACGUUCUGUCCCCACGCGUCCUCGAGACCAUCUUUGGCAAGAAGAUCUACACCCCAGAAGUGUACGGAAACCUUUUCAGCGGAGAGAAGGUCUUUGACGAUGUCUACAACAAGUACGAUGUUGAGUACGAGCCAUUCACCUACAACAAGAUGAACAAGUUCGCCGUCAGCCCACUCAUCACCCGUAUGCUCAAGAACACCAAGUUCUCCCCAAAGAUGACCCUCAAGACGCUCGAGAAAAUCCAGGCCCAAAAGAUGAUUGAGGAAAUCCAAAAGGAGAAAAUUAUGGGUCAACUUUACAAGAACAAGGAGCACUCUCUCUACAACAUUGAAUCUGAGCUCCCAACCAUGAUGGAUUCCGAGAAGAUCCACAUUCCCCUCACCUUCGGCAAGCCCACCAUUGGCUCCGGAAUUGAGGAAUUCCAACGGGAGAAGGAAAUCAAGUUUUAAAUAACUUGCCCUUAAAUAUUCUCAGUUUUAAUUUUUCUUCAAAUUUUCUCAUCCUUGUUCCAAGUUUAGUUUGACUUUUGACUUUCUCUUCUUCGUGCCACCAAUUUCGACUCCCCUUUUAGUUCCCUACUCUGAAAGGGUUUUUAAAGGAAGUCCAUCGGUUAACGAUUCGGACCUUGUUAAAAAAGACUGUCUCACAAUUUCCUGAAAUGACUAGAUGUUAAUAGAUAAUUGAUAUUGAAAGCAACACCUUCAAUAGCAGAUAAGUCACUUUUGUGAUUUAUUAGUAUGUAAAAAAAGCACUGAACCAAAGCAUUUACAAAAUUCUCACUCACGAAGAACAUCUCAAAAAGUAAUAAAUUGAAGCAAACUCUUACCAUCUAAAAAAAAA